UCCGGGAAGCGUCUUCGGUUUUGGAUGGAUAGAUAGCUAACCCUAACAGCUCAAACCAACCGGUUUUGAACGAUAACGUAGCUAUAUAACGGAUAUAGGCGUUGUGAUUCGAGUAGAGUCUGCACUCAUGUCGGGCAGGAGCACCGGUGUGGAGUGGGUAGAGACAACCGAGGAGGUUGUUAUAACAGAGUGCAUUCCCCCUGAAAACAACACACCUGCAGUGAUUGUUCCUGUUUUAGAGCCAGUAGAAACGCCAAUUCAGAAGUUACUGGACACCGUGGGACAUGGAGAUAACCCAGAGGCCGGUGGUGGCUUUUGUUGUGAGGAGUGUCUGCCUCUCUUCCAGGACCAGAGUGAUCCCACUAACAUUAACGGCCCAUCUUUUAUUCUUGACUUUCCAACGAGCAAGGGUCUUCCCCAGAGGGCCCUCCUCACUCUUCCCUAUGGCCUCAUGGUAGGCAGAUCUAGUAUUCCCAGUGCAGGCAUCGGGGUCAUAAAUCAUGGACCGGUAGUGUCUCCGGGAAUGCACUUUGGACCAUAUGAGGGAGAAGAGACAACAAGGGAAAAUGCAAUUGCAAGUGACUUCUCCUGGGAGAUUUACAAAGAAAAAGAUAAAUAUGAGUACAUUGAUGCUGCCAGAGAAUCACACUCAAACUGGAUGAGGUACGUCAAUUAUGCUCGCAAUGAAGACGAGACAAAUUUGCUGGCGGUCCAGUACAAAGACAGCAUCCUUUUUCAUUGCUGUCGUGCCAUACACCCUGGAGACGAGCUCAUGGUGUGGCCCAGCAGCAAGUUUCUCACCCAUUUUAGUGAAGCUUGGACCCAGGUGUGGGUUAUGAAGUUGAAUGCAGCAGAGAGUAGCACAGCUGCGACAUCUCAGAUCUUCCUGUGCUCCCACUGUCAGCUGUCCUUCACUACGGAGUCCUUCCUCCAGCGACAUACAGAACAUGUCCACAUGCAGCCUGAAGCGGACCGCACAACACCAGCUGCUGAGGCAGUUGAACCUGAAAACCUCGCGUCAAACGCUGAAUCGGGUCACACUUCGGCAUCCCUGGUGGUGUUGUCUGUUGAUCCUGUCGAGUCCAAAACAUGCGGUGAUUGCGGGAAGAUUUUCAAGCAAAUACCUCACCUUAGGAGGCACAAGCUUUGCGUCCACUCAAACAAACGUCCCUACUGCUGCCCACAGUGCCGGCGGAGUUUUAGCCAGGCAUCUGGCUUAAUCAGACACCAACUAGUUCACAAAAAGCCGGCUGUGGUAAAAGAGACAAACGUUGUUCCUAAUCAGGAAAAGAUUCUGACAGAGAAGAAAGGGAGCUUGACUCCGAGGGCCGAACUUACUAACACUGCAGAUUCAGCUGUGACUGAGGAAAUGAAGGACAAUAGUGAAAGUGAGAAUGUACAAGAAGCAAUGGAUGUAACUGAAACUGAGAAUACCACUGCAGGAGAGGCAGAAACAUCCCACUCCAAUUCAGACUGCGGUAAGAGCUGCACAAAUGAAGCAUCGCUGAAAAAGAACAAGGUGGCUGUCCAUGAAAGGUUACGUCCGUACGUCUGCACCGCAUGUCAGAAGUGCUUCGGCCAGUACAACGACCUCACCAGGCACCUGCAGCAUCACCAAAAAUCAAAAAGCAAACGGGGAGAAAAACCAAAUGAGGCUCCAGAGGACUCUACCAGCAUGCCCUUUAGCUGUGCUGAGUGUUCACUGACUUUUUCUUCAGUGGACUCCCUUCAGCAGCACAUAACUGAGCAUAACUCAGAGGAGAUCACAGUGGAAAUUCAAGAAGACGAUCCGGUGCCUGCUGGCGAUGAUCAGAGCCACGAUCCGGACUUCAGCCCGCAUCCCUCCGUGGCUAAAACGGUUGAAUCUAUCCAAAAGCGUCAGAGGCCCCAGCGACUUGGAGCUAGAUCUAAAAUUUCUGCCAUAACCAAGCUCAUAGCUCCAAAACGAAGGGCGGCCGUCUGCAAGAAGCCGUUAGCCGGCCCUGCGCAGACUAACAGGACCGCCGCUGAACCAGAAGCACCUGCUGUCAGAAAUGGAGAGUUAUACAAAUGGUUCAGCUGUAAUCGCUGUAAGCGAACGUACGGAAACCCAGAUGAUCUCAAAGCACACAAGUGCGCUUUGAGACUGCACAAGUGUGGUCAGUGUGGGGCGACUUUCAACAAGUCUGGCUUCCUGAAAAGACACGAGAGGAUGGUGCAUGUAAAUGCUAAAUCGUACAGCUGUGACCGCUGUGAUAAAGUCUUCGCCACGACCGGUAACCUGAAACAGCAUCAGAAGAGCAACACUUGUAUGAAGUAUCACUGCACGUCGGAGCUUUUCCCAUGCUCCUUUUGUCAGUUCUCCUUCACUAUGAAGAGCUACCUUACUAAACACAUCAAGAGGCACCACCCGGAGGAGUACCUGUCCCAUCACGAGUCAGACGGCCUGGUGGAUCAGCUGGAGGAAGAGGAAGAGGAGGCGGGGAAAGAAUAUGUAUGCCCCCACUGCGGGAAGAGCUGUGCAAACGCCAAAGCGUUCAAAUCCCACACGUGCUUCCAGCAGGUGAAGGUGCUGUACUUGUGCACCGACUGUGGGAAGAGCUUCACAAACCACUACGGUCUCAAGCAACACCAGCGCGUUCACACAGGCGAGAAGCCGUACAGCUGCCCCCACUGCAGCAAAUGCUUCUCCUACACCGGCCAGCUCAACGUGCACCUCCGCACUCACACCGGGGAGAAGCCGUACCUGUGCACCCACUGCGGGGAGAGCUUCCGGCAGUCGGGAGACCUGAAGCGACACGAGAGGAAGCACACGGGGGUGAGGCCCUACAGCUGCCCCGAAUGUUGUAAAAGCUUCAGCCGCCCCCAGAGUCUCAAAGCUCACCAAAUGCUUCACCUGGGACAGCGAAUGUUCGAAUGCACCCAAUGCGGGAAGAGCUUUUCCCGAAACUAUCAUCUCAGGAGACACCAUCAGAAGAUGCACUCAUAGUCCCAUUUGUAGGACUUUGGAAACGUCGUAGAGGAGCUUAAGUUGUUGCCAGUUGAAACUGAAUUGCACUAAAUAGUUGACUAUUUUUAAUGAUUGUGCUCUUCAAGAGUUGCAGAGAAUUUUGAAUGUCCUGUACAUAACAUUAUUUUAACUUAUUCGUAAGUUUGUUUAAAGCUAAAGCAUUUCUUACCCCAAAAGUGGAUUUUUUACGUUAAAAAUAAAAAAAAUAUAUAUAUAAACACGUCAUUCACUGCAAUUAACAAAAGACACAACUUACAUAAACAAAUGCUUAUUGUCUGUCAAUGUCAAUUAGCUUCAAAAUAAAAACCACCAACUCGA